CUCAGUUCAUCUGUAAGAUGAAUCAUUUGAAGAACCUCACACUCUACGGUCAGUAUCAUGAUGAAUUCUACUCAACAUCAUUGUCGAUGGCAUCAAUUGCAAAGAUUGAGGAUCUUCAACCCAAAGAGAAUCUCAGUCAACGUCCGUCUGCAUCACGUGAUCUCGCUCAGUACAUCUGUAAGAUGAAUCAUCUGAAGAACCUCACACUCUCCGGUCAGUAUCAUGAUGACUUCUACUCAACAGCAUUGUCGAUGGCAUCAACAGCAAAGAUUGAGAUUCUUCAUCACAAUGAGAAUCUCAGUCAACGUCCGUCUUCAUCACGUGAUCUCGCUCAGUUCAUCUGUAAGAUGAAUCAUCUGAAGGACCUCACACUCUCCGGUCAGUAUCAUGAUGACUUCUACUCAACAGCAUCGUCGAUGGCAUCAACAGCAAAGAUUGAGAUUCUUCAUCACAAUGAGAAUCUCAGUCAACGUCCGUCUGCAUCACGUGAUCUUGCUCAGUUCAUCUGUAAGAUGAAUCAUCUGAAGAACCUCACACUCUACGGUCUUUAUCAUGAUGACUCCUACUCAACAGCAUCGUCGAUGGCAUCAACAGCAAAGAUUGAGAUUCUUCAUCACAAUGAGAAUCUCAGUCAACGUCCGUCUGCAUCACGUGAUCUCGCUCAGUACAUCUGUAAGAUGAAUCAUCUGAAGAACCUCACACUCUCCGGUCAGUAUCAUGAUGACUUCUACUCAACAUCAUUGUCGAUGGCAUCAACAGCAAAGAUUGAGGAUCUUCAACCCAAAGAGAAUCUCAGUCAACGUCCGUCUGCAUCACGUGAUCUUGCUCAGUUCAUCUGUAAGAUGAAUCAUCUGAAGAACCUCACACUCUACGGUCAGUAUCAUGAUGACUUCUACUCAACAUCAUUGUCGAUGGCAUCAACAGCAAAGAGUGAGAUUCUUCAUCACAAUGAGAAUCUCAGUCAACGUCCGUCUGCAUCACGUGAUCUUGCUCAGUACAUCUGUAAGAUGAAUCAACUGAAGAACCUCACACUCUCCGGUCAGUAUCAUGAUGACUUCUACUCAACAGUAUCGUCGAUGGCAUCAACUGCAAAGCAAAUAGACACUCUUGAUCUCUCUGCUGAUCUCAGUGAACGUCCGUCUGCAUUACGUCACCUCGCUCAGUUCCUUUGUACAUGUUGUAAGAUGAAACAGCAUCAUGAUGACUUCUACUCUUCAUCAUCAUCGAUGGCCUUGACUGCAAAGGAUAAAUGCAACACGAGCUCAACUGUGACUGAUCUGACCGUUCAUGAUCGGGUACUAGAAAGAUGGCAGGAUUGUGGUUCGAUGUUUGACAUUGUGAAGAGGAUAACCAUACAGGUACGGGACAAGACCAGAUAUGACGUCAUCCAUAGGAUCCAUCUACCAUCAGCGACUGAGCUCACCAUUCAAACAUAUGACCGUAGAUUUCGCCCGGCUUCUCUCCACGAUGAUCCCACUUCACUACCCAAUGCAUUCCACAAGGUCUCAUCUCAGCUUGUCAAGGUCACAUUCACAGAUCUCAACAUCGGUAACGAUCAGACCAAACACACCAUUCAAGCUUUCAGAUCAACACACGAUCUCAAACAUCUUAGGAUCCUGGGAUUCAUAAGAUGUGGGACUGAUGAGAGCUUAGAUCCUUCUAGCAUUGAUUCUAAUGAUGAACAUAGGAUACAGGUGGAGAUAGUACAUGGCGAACCAGAGAGGUAGUACUUUCGAAGAUGAAGUUGCGGCAUCAAGGCCAUGACGACUCAGACGAUCCUAACAUGGCAGCCAACAUGAAACACAGGGUUUUUUUUUUCAUUUCGGUUUAUCGUACAGUAUUCGGAAUAGUUAUGGAGGUAGAUAUGCUCCCGCUGUCGAUCAGUUGGCAACGUCAUGAACGUCAUGACUUGUACUAUGACAGUUAAAUGACCGACCUGGGCGUUAUA